AUAAUGAAAAUGAAAAAUAAAAUAAAAUAAAAAUGCAAGCUGUAAUUUCUUCCGUUUUUUCCCUGGGAUGACUGAGACAUGAUGACCCGCCCUACUCUGCCUUACUCUGCCUCUGAUUGGCUUACCCUGCUAUUCUCACACUGACUAAUCAAUCACAAUCUCUUCUCGCACUGAGCCCUUGAGUACUAACCAAUCAGAGGGAGAAGGGGGCGGGUCAUGUCAACUUACCGUUCAUGUCGCGUCAGGUUGGUGGCGGUAAUGCGCCGAGGAGCUGUUUGCUAACAUUAAAACAACAGUAGAAGAAGAAGAAGGGAGUGACUCACACACACACACACAAUGGACUCACAGUGACCAUGUUAGCAGCAGGUGCCUGUUUGUGCAGCUCACACACAGAAACAUUUAGUGUCACUCUGCUGUUGAGAUGCUAUUGUCUCCGGGCUGCUAGCAGCUAGCUAACCGUUACCACUGCGCUAACGAGUUAGCAUUGUGAGCUAACCAACAGCCCCGGUAGCUAGCGUUAGCUUAGCACCUGCCUGAGCUGCUGCCUGCGGAUGUGUCUCCUCCUCCUGCUACCAUCGUUACAGCCGAGCAGCUAAUCUGUCCUCACAGGCAACAUGGAGUUCCCCUUUGAUAUCAACCAGCUGUUCCCCGAGAGGGUCUCCAUCUUGGACCAUACCCUCGUUGCAGGUCGUAAAUCAGCAGGAAGGCCAGACCUCCAAGCCCACGUAGCCACAGUUAUAGACGAACUUGGGAGAGCAUCAGCAAAGGCUCAGCAGCUCACAGCGUCUAUAACCAGUGCAUCCAAGCUGCAGUCCCAGAAGCACCAGCUCUACCUGCUGAAGGACGGAGAGAGCAACGGAGGACGCGGUGUGAUCGUGGGGUUUCUCAAGGUCGGAUACAAGAAGUUAUUUCUGCUCGACCAGCAGGGUGUGCACAUAGAGGCUGAGCCACUGUGUGUCCUGGAUUUCUACAUAGCAGAGAACCUGCAGCGACACGGCUACGGGCUGGAGCUGUUUGACUUCAUGCUGCAGCACAAGAAUCUGGAGCCGGUUCAGAUGGCGUACGACAGGCCCUCGCCCAAAUUCCUGUCCUUCCUGGCGAAGCAUUACUGCCUGACACCCAGUGUUCCUCAGGUCAAUAACUUUGUGGUGUUUGAGGGCUUCUUCCUCAACAGAUCAGCGGCCCAGCUGAGAAAGGUUCCCCUCAAAAAGCCCGACGGAGAGAUCAAACCCUAUUCUUUAAUGGAGAGAGAAGUGGUGCGUCAGGAGCAGCUGGCUCGUCCCUGGCCCUUUGCUCCUCCUCACUCCCCCCAGCGGUCGGUAUCCUCCCAGUACUCCCACUCCCUCAGCGUGGGAUCCUCCCCCAGCAGAGCGCCCCCACGAGCCGCCCAGGCCUCUGCCCUCGGGGGCAGCAGGGACCAGAGUCCACAGUCCCCUCACAUCGAGCGCUGCAGGGCAAGACGCACCAGCCAGCAGGGUCUAGUUGCCAGAUGCAGCAUGUACAGUCGGCACAUGGACAGCAGAGCUGCUGGACUGAUGGACCGACCGCUGCCAGGUCUGAGACCAGUGGAGGACCAGUCAUGCGCACUGGGACACACAGACACACACAGGUUGGCCAGUAUUCACACAACACAAAGCAGGUCACAGCCGCUCUCCCUUCCACCUCUGUUUGCAUCUAAGAAGAACAGCAUCCACAGCCAGAGCUCCUUAGGCAGCACAGAGACACAGCUGGAGUCAGACGCUGAAGCCUGUGGUGCUGUAGACGAGGUCAGAGUGUUGGACAGUCCACAGCGUCCAGCACGAGACGUGUCGGCCGACCACAGACAGGUGUUGGAGAAGCAGAGCGACAGAAGCAGAGGAGGCUGGUCGUGGACUGUCGGAGAGAACUGUUACACCGCCCAGUGGGUGAAGCACAAGCAGGAACACAGGAGCACCCGGCCGUGGUGAUGGUGACCGGGACCUUAUUAAACUUUAGACACUAAGUUUAUACACUAUAUACGUGUUGCUGCAGAGAAAGAAUCCUGUCUGUUUCAGGACACAAAUAUCUGCUGAAGCUUUCUGAACUUUCAGACUUCACUUCAGGGUCCAAACUGUGUUCUGGAAAAAGACACUCCCAGUCUCUGCUUUAAAGGGCUGCUGUGAUGUGAGCUGGUCCAGGAUGAGUCAUGUGGAGGCAGGAUUAGCAGGAUUUUCCUACAAACGAUGUAUAGACUCAAAAAUAAUCCCUCCCAGUCAUCACUACGACCAGUGCUGAGCAGCAGCGUGUCACAGUUAUAAAAUCACAGUUACUCCGAAACCAAACAUGUUAUAACAUUACUGUUGUUAUCACGUCACUACUGACUUUAAAGACAAACAAAGACGUAGCGACCAGGCGCCAGAUCGUACACAUGAGGAGGAGGGGCCAAAUCUAAAUGUUGUGUUUACAAACUGCAGCUGACACAUCCUGCUUAUUCUGCCUUUAACUGUCGAUGACAUCAUCUGAACGAGUCGACCAAACUGGUGCCAGAGGCCAAAUACAGACGUGUUUCACUGACGUGUUGUUUGUGACGUGUUUUCCACAUGAUUUUACCAACACACAGUCAUGAAGCUGCUUUCUACUUUACUCCCAAAAUCAGUAGUGCCAAUAAAAGCUGUUAAUUACUUCCAGUCA